CGAAGUGUCGCUAAAAUGGCGUCUGCUGUGAAUGAAUUAUUUGACCUUUACCGUCAAUACGGCGAGUCUGACUACAUCGGUGAGGCUGUUACUCAGACGCAGCACAUGAUACAAUGUGCUCUACUCGCCGAGAAAGAAGGAUUCUCCGAGGAAGUGAUUCUUGGCGCAUUUUUCCACGACGUAGGACAUCUCCUUGGUAUGAAGGACACGUCUCUCAACCGAAUGGGCGACCUGGGCAUUAAAGAACACGAGGAGGUUGGAGCACAUUAUUUGGAAGGCAUAGGUUUUCCAAAUUCGGUUUGUGAAAUCGUCAGAGGUCACGUCAGUGCCAAGAGGUAUCUUGUUUACAAGUAUCCUGACUAUUACGACUCUCUUUCUGACGCUUCGAAAGGAACUCUUGUACACCAGGGAGGGCCGAUGAGUGACGAAGAGGCUGCAAGGUUUGAGUCAUCUCCGAAUUUUAAUGCUCUGUUGCGCAUGCGUCACUGGGACGAUCAAGCCAAGGACCCGAACUUGACAUUCAAAUGUUCAGAUUUGGGAAAAUACGAAGAGAUUUGUUAUAGAGUGUUGAGUCAGCGACUGUGAAUGAUGCCUGUUGCAGUGUAGAUGGUCGUGCCUGGUAUCACUAAUUAAAUUAUGA